GGUGAUGGUCUGAGCCUGUGAUAAACACAGAACAUCGUUUAACGUGAAACAUUUAAAUAAGAUACAAAUCGACGGUUUUUACUUCUCUCUCUGCAAUCCUUCUUCAAAAGUAACUGUGUGGAUCAGUGGUGGAAGGUGAGUAGCUUAUUCUUGUCGUCAUACUUGGGACUUGCCAUCACAACUACGUACAGAUUCUUCAUUCAUCAUUUUCAUUUUCAUUUCUGUGAGUGAAGUGAGCUCCAAGUGAAAGAACAGAUUGGAGUUGAUCUCUGGUGUUUGUUCUCAGUCCAGGGUUCUCCACUGCAUCAUUCCUCGGUAUCCGGGUAUUUGGUAAACAAGCAUGAACGCUUUAGCUGCAACAAACCGAAAUUUUAAGCUGGCAGCUCGUCUGCUGGGUUUAGACUCCAAACUUGAAAAAAGUCUGCUCAUUCCAUUCAGGGAAAUCAAGGUUGAGUGUACAAUACCAAAGGAUGAUGGUACGUUGGCAUCUUAUGUUGGCUUCAGGAUUCAACAUGACAAUGCUCGCGGACCCAUGAAAGGAGGAAUCAGAUACCAUCCAGAGGUUGAUCCAGAUGAGGUGAACGCUUUAGCACAACUGAUGACAUGGAAGACGGCUGUAGCAAAUAUACCAUAUGGUGGAGCGAAAGGAGGGAUAGGGUGUAAUCCGGGAGAAUUAAGCAUAUCUGAGCUCGAACGGCUUACUAGAGUUUUCACACAAAAGAUACACGAUCUGAUUGGAAUCCACACCGAUGUUCCAGCACCUGAUAUGGGAACCAAUCCCCAGACAAUGGCAUGGAUAUUAGAUGAAUAUUCCAAAUUUCAUGGAUACUCGCCAGCUGUUGUUACAGGAAAACCUAUUGAUCUUGGUGGAUCACUGGGUAGAGAUGCUGCUACUGGAAGGGGAGUACUCUUUGCAACAGAAGCCCUUCUUAAUGAAUACGGAAAGACUGUUGCUGGCCAGCGGUUUGUUAUACAGGGUUUCGGAAAUGUGGGUUCAUGGGCUGCUCAGCUUAUUCAUGAAGCUGGUGGAAAAGUUGUAUCAGUGAGCGAUAUAUCAGGAGCAAUAAAGGACAACAAUGGGCUUGACAUCCCAAACCUACUUAAACAUGUCAAAGAACAUAAAGGAGUGAAAGGUUUUGGUGGUGCAAACUCCAUAGAUGCUAAUUCUAUUUUGGUUGAAGAUUGUGACAUCCUCAUCCCAGCUGCCCUUGGGGGUGUAAUCAACAGGGAAAACGCGAAUGAGAUCAAAGCCAAAUUCAUUAUCGAAGCAGCUAACCAUCCUACUGAUCCUGAAGCCGAUGAGAUCUUAUCAAAGAAAGGUGUUGUUAUCCUCCCCGACAUAUUUGCAAAUUCAGGAGGGGUAACAGUUAGUUACUUUGAAUGGGUUCAGAACAUUCAAGGGUUUAUGUGGGAUGAGGCAAAAGUGAAUAAGGAGCUAAAGAAAUACAUUGGACAAGGUUUCAAAGAUGUGAAGGAGAUGUGUAGAACUCAUAACUGUGAUUUACGUAUGGGAGCUUUUACGUUGGGAGUCAAUCGCGUUGCCAGAGCUACCGUUCUUAGAGGUUGGGAAGCUUAAGAAACAGACAUGAACGGAACUAGUCGAAUAAAACGUCAGGAAGAAGAUAGAUUCCUGUUGUUUAACUGUUUUUAUGAAUCAACCCGACCCCGGGAGUCUUUGACUUUGUUUUCUCUUUGUUCGCUUUGUCAAUCCAAUGGUUUCGGAAAGUUCUUUUCCUGAAAGCAGGUGCUCUUUGUUUAUAUUUGGAACUUGCAAGACUGUUAUGUGUUAUUUCAGUGUUGAAUACCCGCAAUCGUAAAACUA